AUGACAACAACUCCGAGUGUUAGAAGUCGAAAAUGGUUUGAAGAUGUAAAGGGAGAGUUAUUGAUGCCAAUUGUCAGAAUUAAACCAGCAACCAAUUUUUAAAGAGAGGAUUUAAGAAUUAAUAAUCAAAAUAUUAUAUUGACAGAUCCAAACAAUAGAAUAUUAGAAGAAUUUGAAGUUCCAGAAGCUUAUGGAUAAGAAGUAGGCCUUGAAUAAAUAUAUAAUGAAAGAGUGGCUCCUUUAAUUUAAUAAUUUAUAUAAGGUUUCAAUGUGAGUGUUUUUGCAUAUGGUUCUACAGGUGCAGGUAAAUCAUAAACAAUAGAAGGAAACAAGAAAGAGAAAGGUAUAGUUACACUUUGGGCAAGCACUUUAUUUGCAUAUUUGUAAGAUAAGGUAGUGUAAACAUACAAAGAAGAUAGUGUGAUUGCUGAUUAUAAGUAUGAAGUGAGAAUGCAAUAUUUGGAAAUAUUAGAUGAAAAUAUUAUGGAUUUAUGUGCUGAUAGAAAAUUUGGAGAAAGAUUGUUUGUUGAAGAUCAUCCUUGGGAUGGACCAAUUGUUUAAGGAGCAUCUUGGCAUGAAAUUACAAAAGACACCGAAUUAAAUGAUCGUUUAUAUAAAGGAUUAAAAAGUAGAGAUAAUACUAGUAAUGAAUUUGGAAAAGUAAGUGCAAAGGCUACAUCAUUAUUUAUAAUUGACCUUAAAUAAUGGUUUUCAAAUAAAGAUACAUAAGAAAUGGUCUUGCUAAAAAGUCAGGCAACCUUUGCUGAUUUACCAGGAAGUGAAAUAUUGGUGGAUGAUGCAGAAACAAUUAGAGUAAAAUAAGGAUCAACAUUAAAUAAAGUAAUUAUAGCAUUUACACAAUUAAUUAAAGAUUUGGCAAAUAGAUAAGAAGAUUAUGUAAUGUAUGAUACAUCUACUGUGACUAAAUUAGGUAAAGAAAUAUAUGGAAGUAAUUCAUAUAAUAUAGGAAUAUUUUGUUGUUAACAUGGUGAUCCUAAAGGUUCUUCUUUAGCAUUAUAAGUAUUCAAAUAGGCUCGUAAAAUAAUGACAUAUCCUGUUAUAAAUAACCAUAGAGUCAUAGCAUUAUUGAGAUAGUUUAGAUUAGAAGCUGCAUCUAGUAAUUAAGUAGGGAAAAAGAAAGAUACUCCAGUUGCUUCAGGGGAUUCUGUUGGUGUUUAAGAAUUACUUGAUCUUAAGAGCAAAGUCAAUGAUUAUGCUAAAUAGAUAGCUGAUAUGGAUGAUGAAAUUACUGAUUUGAAAUCAAAAUUAUCAGCUUUGAGAGCAAGAUUUUAGGAAUUAGUUAAAUAAAAAGUAGAAUUGUAAGAUGAAUUAAUUAAGGCUGAAGAGGAUAAAAUAGAAUCAGCUAAGGCUUUAUUGGAUAUGGAAUUGUAGAACACAAAAUUAUAAGAAUUAAUUAUUUAAAUUUAAUCUGAAAAUAAUACUAAAAAAUUGAAUGAUGAAAAUAUUUCAGAUGAUGUUAGACUAUAAAAGGCAUAGUAGAUUAUUCAGGAAUUAUAAGAUAGAUUAAGAGAAGCUAUAGAUGAAAAGAGAGAAAUUGAAAUGGAAUUUAUGGCUUUAAAGAAGAAUUACAUGGAUAAACUAAAAGAAUUGGAAAAUAUUAGACUCUAAUAAGAGAAUUAUAGUCUUGAACUUAUUAAUUUAGGUAAUGAAAAUAAGGCUCUUUAAGAGGAAAUAUCUAAAUUAUAUUAAUCAGAUGGUUAAACAAAUGAACAAACAAAAAUGAUGUAAGAAAAAUUAAAGACAAUGACUGAUGAGUUGAGAGAGAAAAGAGAAACUCUUGAAUUUGCAAAAGCUGAAAUUGAAAGAUUAAAGGUUGAAUUAAUGAAAUAUGGAUUAUUAGGAGCAAAAGAUAAAUUGGAACUUGAUAAAAAGAGAUUAGAACUUGAUAAAUCAUCUACAUAAAUUUAGAUAACAUAAUCUCCUAAUAAUGAUGAUGCUUAUAAGAAUGAAAGAAUGUUAUGGGAAAGUCAAAAAAUGGAACUUACACAUAAAGUUAAAUCAUUAUAAAGAAAAGUAAAUGAUGAUAAUGAAAGAAUAAAAGAUUUAGAAAAAUAAUUAAAUGAUUUAAAUGGUGAGAAUGUUAAGAUGUAAUUGUAAUUAGAUGAAAUGAGAGCCAUUUAUAGAAAUAAAUUGAUUUAAAUUCAUAAAUUAGAUCCAAGAGAUGAAUUAUUUUAAACUUAUGCAGCUAAAGAAAGAGAAUAUUCAUAAUCUAUUGAAAUUUUAAGUAAAAAGAAUAAAUAAUUACAAAUUGAAAUGAGAUCAAUUAAAAGUUAUUCUAGAUAAAUUCGUUAUUUGGCUGAAGAUUGGGCACCUCUUGGUUAACCUUUACCUGAUAUUUUACAUAAAGGUUAUAUGAUAUUAGAUGAAAAUGAACUUGUAUUUAUAUUCUAAUAUAUCAUAGCAUACUCAAGCAUAAAAGGAUUAAGAAUAAGAAAUUCAAAGACUUAGAAAUAAAAAUCAUAUUUUAGAAGCAGAACUUAUGAAUGUAAAAGAAGCUAAGAAAAUUGAAGAUCCAAAUAAUGCUACUAAGAGACUUAUAUCUGAAAUCUAGUUAUUAAAAUAGAGUUAAGUUUCUGAUAAUAAUAAUAAUAAUGAUUCUUCUUUAAGGAGAGAAAGAAAUGAUUUAUAAGAAGAAAAUAGAAGAUUAGUAUAAUUAUUAAAGGAUUCCAAUAAAUGGGAUCUUCAUAAAAUAUAAUAAGAAAAUGAAAGAUUAUUAAAGAUUGUCAAAGAAUAUGAGAUGAUUGGACCAUAAUCAGGAUAAAGUAAGAAUGUUCAAUAAAAAAUUUAAUUUUAUGAAUAACUUACAAAAUAAUUGGAAAGGGAAAGAACUGAAUUAGUUGUUAAGGCAACUGUAGCAGAAGAAUAAUUAGUAUAAUUAUAAGCUAGUAUGACCAGAGUAGCAGUAGAUUAUUAAAAACAAAUAAAUGAACUAAAGAAAAAACUAAAAAUAUUAUGA